GGUUGCUAAAUCAUAUAAGGAGUCACUACACACUUGCUUGGUUCUUCAACAGCUAGUUUUAUUAUUCAAGCUAUCAAACAUUGUCAAAUCUAUCUUUCCUUGGAUGUAGCUGGAUUUCACUGCAAAGGGGUGAUUCAACUGGGGACUCUGGACUGUACAGCUGUAGCUUGGGCUUUUUUGGAUCACAAGGUAGAAAAAAUGUCACGGUUUAGAAAGCACGAAUACAAAAGGCAGGUGAGCGAGGAUCCAGAUAUUGAUAACCUGCUGGCAAAUCUUUCUCCGGAGGAAAUGCAAGAACUACAAAUAGAGCUGGAGGUCAUGGAUCCUAAUUCCAGUGUGGCUGUCGGAUUGAGACAGAGAAACCAGCUAGAGAAGCAGCCAACAGGAACGUGUGAUCAGGAGGAAGGGAAAAGCCCAGACGAUCAGUGUAAGCAAGCCAAAGCAGAAGAACCUGAAAAGAAAGCACUUAAAAAACUGGACAAUGAAAAUGUGAAAAAGGGUGAGGAAUUGCCUAAACCACGGGGAGAAAGAGAAAGGAAAGACAAGGAAAGGGGACAGACUGAAAAUCUCAAGGACAGAGAAAGUGAUGAAAAGAUGAAAAGCAAAGAGGCAAAAGUUACUGAGAAGGAGCAGAAGAGUGAGGCAAUUGAUAACAGGAAGGGCAACAAGGUCAAAGAAAAAGAAAAGGAAGAAAAGGUAACUAAAAUUAAAGAAGAACCAAAGGCAAUCGCCAAAGAAGGAAAUUGUAGCAAAACAAAAAGUGAGACCAAAGACAUUAAAGAAAAUGAAGACUGCGUGGGCAAUUCUAGUAAACACUGUUCCAUACAAUGUAAGGACUCAUCCAACAUGGAAAACCUGGAAGCAAAAAAAACGGCCAAAGUUUCAGAAACGCAAGCUACAACUCCAACCAUUUAUGAUGAAUCAAUAGAAAAAGUUAAGAACAAUGAUCCGGGAGUAACAGAAGUAAACUUAAAUAAUGAAGAGCGAAUGAAAAAUGAGAUCUUAAUACGAUUUGCUGAUGCACUGAAAGAAAACACCAUUGUGAAAAUGUUCAGCUUUGCCAACACUCGUGCAGAUGACCAUGUUGCAUUUGCUGUUGCUAGUGUGUUAAGGGUAAACAAAAGCAUAACUAACCUGAAUGUGGAAUCAAACUACAUCUCUGGUAAAGGAAUCAUUGCUAUUAUGAGAGCUUUGCAGCAGAAUAAUGUCCUGACAGAAUUCAGAUUCCACAAUCAGCGUCACAUUUUUGGAGGGCAGGUGGAGAUGGAUAUUGCCAAACUUUUGAAGGAGAACACCACCCUUCUUAAACUGGGCUACCAUUUUGAGUUAGCGGGUCCUCGUAUGACAGUGACAAACUUACUGAGUAGAAACAUGGACAAGCAGAGGCAAAAGCGCUUGCAGGAGCAGCGACAAGGGCAGGGUGGGGAUAAGAAACAAGUACUGGAAGUUCCAAAGACAACGGGCAUGCAGAAGUCACCAAAGCCUUCUCCACAGUCCUCUCCCAGAAGUUCACCAUGGUCAUCCCCUAAACCAAGUCCAAAGAAGACCGCAACUCACACCCCGUCUCCUCCUCCCCCUCCUCCUCCUCCUCCUCCUCCACCCCCAGGACUGCCGGAAGAUGCCAACUCUGUAACUCAAAAUCAUAAAAUGCAAAACAAGAGGACUGUGGAAGGAAAUGGCCAGACCAAGAAUUUAAGAAAUUCCUUGACACCUGUAUCUGAAAGAAAGUUGGAAGAUAGACCACCAGUUCAAGAACGAAAUUCAAGAGAUCAGCUACUGGCUGCCAUUCGACAGAGCAACUUGAAAAAUUUGAAAAAGGUUGAACUUCCAAAGUUGUUGCAGUAAGAAGAUGUGCCAUUGACUGCUGUUGAAUUUGCCUCAUUAAUCCAUACAUGACUCAGAUUCACCAUUGUGACAAAACUUUCAUUGUUAUUUUCAUCCAGAUCAUUUGAAGGACUUUUAUUGUUCUAUAAAAGUUUGCAAUCCUGUAAAAGAAUAGCAAUCUUUCUGAAUGCAUCUUCAAACAUAUAUUGCGUAAUCUCUUCUCUCCCUUUUUAUGAACUUCCAUAGCUACAUAUUUCUGACACCUUCAGUUUUCCAUUGCUUUGAGUUCUUUAAAUAGCAGAUUUCCAGAUGAUUUUUGAUGACUACUUAUUUUUUGAAUUUCUCAUUGCUAUCUUUUACACUAUAUAGAUUUUACUACAGCUUUGAAUUCAUUUCUUUCAUAAAAUACUUAUCUUGACUACAUUUGCAAUCUGAUCCAAGUAUUCGAUUGCAAUUCUAUUUUAUCAUAAUAAUUGCAAGUGCAGUUUUAAAUUUCCUCCUUCCAUAGAACAAUGACUUCCUGAGAUUAUAAACUGCUUCAUCAGCCAUCCAAGUCCAACAUGUAUCUGUUUACCUUCUUCUGUCUUAUUCCCCCUGUAAAGUAGAAAUUUUUUGGCAGCUGCCCGAUAGUUUUAAAAAUAUAGUGAAAUUUUAAAGCUGGCCCUCUAAGAUCAGAGGUAAAAAUAUCCAAUGAUUGUUAAAUUGUCCUGUUAGAAAAGGGUAUUGUAAGAUUAAAGUCUAAUGCCUAGAAAUCUUUCCAAGACAAGCUAAGUAAUCAUCCGAUGGUGACUUUGUUUGUGGGACUGAUGCUAGGAAAUGUAAUAGGAAGACCUCAUAAGAUAAUAGUUUUCCCUUCAUUCACUCUAUCAGCGUCUAGCAAAUGAAAUAACUAUAAUAAGGUCAAGGUCAGGGCUAGAUCCUGGAAGAUGCAAGGGAGAGUGGCCCAGGGUUGAGCCAUAAGGGCUAUGGACUAUUGAUUAUAAGAAUGUUUGGAGGAAGGUCAGCUGCCAGGUAUUGGUAGUAGUGUGGUGGUAGGCCAGGGAAUGGUAAAUAGAAGUAGGUGUUGCAAGUGUCAGUCAACUGGUUGAUUUCGGAAGGUUCCAAUUGGGGCUGAGGUAAUUGAUUAAGGGAGUGGUCAUUGGUUGUGACAGAUUGCGAACAGCCGGAUGGGUUCGGCUAUUGGCGGUUAGUGUUGGGUGGGAUCAGAUCAGGAGAUAGAGGGAAUUGGGUUGGGAGAAUCAUGAGUGAAGAGAUUGGGGCAAAGAGUGUGUACUUGGAGAGCUGGGAGAUCAGUUUCUUAUGGAGGAGGUCAAGAAUCCAAAAA